AUGUUCGUCGUACGACGGAUUACCAUGAGAUUACCAUGGCAACAGCGUCAACAAGCAUGCUCCAGUAAAGCCAAUCUACAGCUGGUGGUCGUCGUCUGGUGGAAUCCACCUUCAAUUUACGUCACCGGACACUUUCACUCGAAAUGCAAGGUUUCGCAUCAAUCUCACCGAUCGCGCUGUCAUGCAAAGCUGUUUCGCAGCUGUCUGUCGCGAACCCACGAUGGCGGAGUUGCUGCCCACUGCGCGUCGGCCCCACUCGACCAUCUCCUGCGUGGAGACGGUCACCGAGACCAAAUGCAAAACGCCUUAGGCCGGACUGGACACGUUGGUACAGAUGAAGGACCCACUGACCCGAGGCGCGGGAGGCUCUCAGAGCCGAAUGCCUUUCAGAUUCGGUCUCCAUCAUCUACUUGCGUGGGUGUGUCCUCGCGUCUGCCUGAGGUCGUGUGUCACCAUUUGCCCGGCUACUCCGGCACCAGAGACCAUAAACCUUCCGAGGACAUCUGCCUCCUCCAGUUUCCCACGUGUUUCGGCCAUUUCCCCCGGAGCCCGAGAACUCCGUGA